AUGAUAGACCUUGACUUUGAGUGUGAAUCACAUAUGUUCUUGCUUUUGAACAUCAAUCAAAUUGAAACUCUUCACUUGUUCAGAUCCAUUCCAUUUCCAGAUCCAACUAUUCUCACCAUUUUUGCCACCAUCUCAGCCUUGUCGCUGCUAGAAAUGGAAGCAGCAAGCAUAGUUUUAUCCCCUGCUUUGCAAGUGAUCUUUGACAGAUUGGCCUCCCCAGCCUUAGAAACACUUGCUGAUAUCUGGGGUGUCGAGGACAACCGCAACAGCCUACAGGAUUCCUUAAUAAGGGUUCAAGCUAUUCUUCAAGCUGCAGAGGAUCAACAAUUAACCAACAAAUAUGUUAGGCUUUGGUUGUCAAACCUCAAGAAAGCUGCUUCUGACGCUGAGGACCUUCUGGACUUGUUUAUCGCUCGCAAUCCCAACAUCGGUGGUUACUUUGUCAGCCGAGGCUCUGAUGUUGAAAAAAUUAAAAAGGCAAUCCACAGAUUAGAAAAGACGAUAAAUGAGGGACUCUUGACAUUUAAUUUUAAAGAGCCUAGCAUAGCAGAUCGACUAUCUAUCCAAAGGGAGACUUACUCUUCCGUUGACGACUCAAAGAUAUAUGGAAGAGACGAUGAGAAAGAGAAGUUAGUCGAACUGUUAAGAUCUUCGGAAACUUCCCAGGAUGGAUAUGCAACUUGUAUUCCAAUAAUUGGUGUUGGAGGAAUUGGCAAAACCACUCUUACUCAGUUGGCAUAUAACGAUGAGAGGGUAGUCAAAUACUUCGACUCUAGAAUAUGGAUUUUUGUUUCUGAGGAUUUCAAUAUCAAGAAGAUUAUGAAGGCAGCCAUUGAGUGUGCAACAGAGGAUGAAUGCAAGUUGUCGGAGAUUGAACCACUUCAGUCUCGGCUUUCGAAAUUGCUACAGAAGAACAGAUGCCUGAUUGUGUUAGAUGAUGUUUGGACGGAAGACCAGGAUGAUUGGGACAAACUAAGACCUUUGUUUAGAGGGGCUCUUGAUGGAUGCAAAAUCAUUGUCACCACCCGCAGUCAAAAAAUUCCAUUCUUGAUAGACUUCCCAAAUUCACCAUUUUAUUUAAAUGGUUUGAAGGAUGAUGAUUGCUGGUCUUUGUUCAAGCACCGGGCAUUUGGAGGCGGAGAAGAAGAGAAGUAUCCAAAUCUUACACGGAUUGGAAAGGAGAUUAUCAAAAAAGUUGGAGCUCACGAAGAGAAGUAUCCAACUCUUUCGCGGAUUGGAAAGCAGAUUGUCAAAAAAUGUGGAGGUGUGCCAUUAGCAGCAAAAAGUUUGGGAAGUUCAAUGCGUUUGGAAAGAGAAGAAAACCAGUGGUCAUUUAUGCGAGAUUGUGAACUUUGGGAAUUAGAAGAAAGCGAACAUAAAUUUUUGCCUGCCCUGAUGUUCAGUUAUCAUCAUCUACCAUCGCAUGUCAAACAAUGCUUUGCAUUCUGCUCAUUAUUUCCCAAAAAUUAUGAGUUCAAGAAGCACAAGUUGAUUCAUUUAUGGAUGGCAGAAGGCUUCAUUCCACAAAAGGGAAGCAAGCGGCUUGAAGACAUCGGUAAGGAAUACUUUUCCAAAUUGUUGUGGAUAUCUUUCUUGCAAGAAGUACGGCUACAUGACGGUGGAGAAAUAAUUGGAUACAAGAUGAAUGAUAUCAUUCAUGAUCUUGCACGAUAUGUUGCAGGAAAAGAAUAUGUGGUACUUGAACAGGGUCGGCCACAAAAUUGGUCACCAGCAGAGAUUCGCCAUGCUUCUGUUGUUUAUAGAUAUGGUGCAAGAAUUAUAAUUCCAGAAACUCUAUAUGAAGCAGAACAUUUGCGAACUCUCUUAUUGAUCGGAGAUUCUGGCAAGUUAGAGAACGGAGAUAAAAUUUAUUCAAGUUUUCAAUACUUGCGUGUGCUGGAUCUCAACAGCUGUUAUCUUGUUGAUCUGCCAGAAUGCUUGGUUGGCUUGACAUGUUUGAGGUAUCUUGACUUGUCUUACACGCCUAUCACCCAGUUACCUGGCAGAGUACGCCAACUGUUUUCUUUGCAGACCCUAAACCUAAUUGGUUGUCAUAUUCUUCGUCAUUUGCCUUCUUUGGUAGGCAUGACCAACCUAAGACAUCUUAACUUAAGUGGAUGUGUAAGUUUGACUCAUAUGCCUCCUGCAAUUAGAUCUUUAAUCAAUCUUCAGACAUUGCCACUUUUUGUUGUAACGAAGUGGGUGAGGAAUAUUGAGCUGCAAGGUUUAAAUCUUUAUGGGGAGUUGAAUUUUACUCGCUUGGAGAGAGUUGGAGUUUCUUAUUCACAUCUGCUAGAUGCGAAAUCAGCAGAACUGCAUAUGAAGAAAAAUAUUGAGUCAUUGGGAUUAUACUGGGGUCUUAUUCCGCAAUUCAGAGAUUCAUUCCCAAAACUACCUAAGGCCCAACCUGAAGUAGGUGUCUCAGGAUCACGUAUAGCACAAAAAUCUGAAGAAGUUAUUGAAGGUCUGCAACCACACAAAAAUCUGAAAAAGCUAGUUAUAAAUGGGUACCCAGGAAUCAAAUUUCCUGAUUGGUCUCUCCCAAAUCUUGUCGCUGCUGAUUUCACUAACUGUGGAAGUUGUGAACAUCUUCCAGCCCUUGGGAAACUUCCGCUACUUAAGACGCUUUCUCUGCAAGGAAUGCAUGGCGUGAAGAGCAUUGGUACAGAGUUCUAUGGUGACGGUACAAACAUAUGGUUUCCAUCACUCGAAGAACUAUCAAUAAGUGAUUUUGCAAACUUGGAAGAGUGGUCAAGUGCAAAUGAUGGAAAUGCAUUUCGUAGAUUGAAGAAAUUAACUGUAAAGAGUUGCCCCAAGUUAGCACAUAUACCGUUACCUCAGUCCCUUCAACAUUUGGAGCUGCGGGAUUGUAAUCCUAUGAUGGUGCCCAUAGCAGAUUUAAGUUUGCUAUCUGUUCUUUUUCUUGAUAAAAUUCCUGACCUAGUGUCUCUCCCUGAAGGGCUCUUUGCAUCAGCUAGUCUGUCUUCCUUGAAGAUUGUGUCAUGCCCCAAGCUUCAUUCAAUGCCUUUGGAGAUCCAAAACCUUAGUUCUUUGAAAUCAUUGACCAUUCGUUGGUGUGAAAAGCUGUCCUCUCUACCACAAAGUUUACAGAACCUGAAAGCUCUGGAGUCACUGGAGAUUAGUGGCUGUGGCUGUCUAACAUCCCUGCCAAAUGGUGGAAUUGCAGGUUUGGCUUCGCUUCGAACUUUGUUCAUUGAAAACUGUAGUGACCUGACUUCUCUGUUGUCGAGUUUAGAACAACUCACAUUGCUUGAGGACAUGACCAUCAUCGACUGUCAAAAUCUUGGUUCUUUUCCAGCAGGAGUGCAACACCUCUCCUCCCUUCGAAGUUUGAUGGUUCUGAACUGUCCUUGGUUUGAUUCUCUGCCAGAAGGGUUGCAAAAUGUCAAGACCCUGCACUGCUUAGAAAUUAGUAGCUGCCAGAAUCUAACAGCUUUGCCAGAAUGGUUUGAGGAUCUUGCUUCUCUUAGAUCUUUGACCAUAUAUGAUUGUCCUAAUUUGACACUACUGCCACUGGGUUUCAAGCUUCUCACUAAACUCCAGCACCUCUCUAUUCAAGAAUGUCCUGAGCUUGAGGAAAGAUGCAGACAAGGUAGCGGUGAGGAUUGGUCGAAAAUAGCCCAUGUCCCGCAUAAGUACAUUGGAUUGCCUCAGGUAAGGCGGUCUGGCAAAGCGAGUACAUCGGGAAGUUCUUCUGUCCAAGUAUCUUCUCAGUAAGAAACUUCUAUUUCAUUGUUAUCAACAAUCUAUUAUCAUUAUGGGCCGCAGGGGUUGGAUGUUUUUGGGAGGGAAAUAGUGGCCAUACGGGAAGGUUUAUGGAUGAUAUGCUUUUUGGGUUUUAAUCGUUUUACACUUGCAACUGCCUCCCAAGUUUCAAGGCUUAAUGGCAGAAUGGAUUGGUGGAGCAACAUUGGCAAUGUGGUGGUCGACAUGUUAGUGAUAGAUGUUUUGUAUCAACCUCGAAAGGGCAAUGGUGUGGUGCAUGCUCUUACUCAAUUUGGCUUGAAGGAAGGCUCCAGUUUCGUUUGGACGGAACCACCUUGGUUGGACUUUGUUCGAGGGAAAGAUAGGGAUGUGGGGGUAGGGUGUUUUUUUUUUGUAUUUUUUUUGGAGGUGUUGUGGUACUCUUUUUCAUUUUCCAGAUUUUCCUCCUAUACGUUUUCCUAGUUGAAUGAAAUUCUCCUUUUUGAUUAAAAAAA